AAGGAAAGAUGGCAGGCGUGCAGCCGCCACCCCUUCGCAGCCUGGAUGAUUUUCUUCUGUGCUCGGCCCGGUUCGCAGUGCCCGAUGUGCGCGACCUGGACCGCUGGAACAACCGCAUCAUCAACAACCUGCUGUACUACCAGAGCAAUUAUCUCGUGUCCGCCCUGGGCCUCCUUCUUUUAGUGGGGUAUUUCCAGCCCUUCCAGUUGCUUGUCGGGGCAAUGGUGGUCACCUUGAUAUUCCUGGGCUUUGUCUGGGUUGCUGAGAACCAAGCUCCAGUUCGUCGUUUCCGUAGAAACCACCCAUCAAUCUCUGUGUUUGCCAUUCUCUUGGCCAGUUACCUCUUCAUAUCGGUGCUGGGAGACGUGGCCGUGUUCCUGUUUGGGAUAGCCUUCCCUAUAAUGAUGGUUCUGGUCCACGCGUCGGUGAGGCUGCGCAGCCUGAAGAACAAGCUGGAGAACAAACUGGAGAGCAUCGGUCUGAAGAGGACGCCCAUGGGACUCCUGUUAGAGGCCCUGGGACAGGAACAGGAGGCUGGGUCCUAGAGAGACAGAGGAAGAGGGGUGGGAGGUAGUUUGGGUGCCAUCCGAAAAAAAUAGCAAGUUAAAUUGAUGAGUGGAAAUGGGAAGAGGAAGAGGAGAGGAAAAACAUAGGAGGAGAAUUACUGCAGGGAAAGUGGAAGAACAAAACGAAAAAUGAAGUAGAAAGAAAGAGUCAGGUAAAAAGAACUAAUCGGCAGGAAGAGACCUGUUCUCUGGUCCAAUGGGAAGAGGACAGAUGAAAAACAUAGAAAUCAUCCUAACAAACAAAUGAUCAAGUCAUCCCUGAUCGGUUUUUGCACUUUAGGCAGGAGAAGAAUCGGAACACUCUUGUGGUAUUGAACUACACUUGACCUGCAUUGACUGACUUCAAAUGAAUUCCAUUUUCAUUAAGUGUUUACAGUAGUGUGCGUUCCAUUGAAAAGUUACUUCAAUGCUUAAAUGAGGUGAAAUUAGAAGGAAAUGGGAGGUUUUAUAUGAAGAAUAAGUUGCUUCAAUCUGACAGUUGAUACACGACCGACAGGAGCAGAUAUGUAAAGGAAACAAAUCCCUGUUUUAGAUGAAAACAUUUCAGUUACCACAUUUCUAAGCCUGUAUUUAUCCAGAAUAAAAGUCUUCACUGAUAGAGCGGCCCAUUAGGGCUACAGUCCUCCACUGCUGGUCGUCCAGUGCUGUAAACUGGGAGAAGCCAUACUGGAGCAAAUUAAUAACUUUGAACGUACCCUUAAUUCCUUCAUAACUUGUUGAAUUACCACAAUAAAGUGUGUUGGUCGCUGUGCAAACACUUGUGGUAACUGUACUUUGUAAUUUUCUCUGUUUUUAGCCAUGCUAGCGAUGUGGCUUCUGGGAUGGCAAUGUUGGUCAGUCAACCACUUUGGUCCAAACUGAAAUAUCCCCAGAGAUAUUGAAUGAACUGCGAUGAUGACAUGUAUGGUGCCCAGAGAAAGAAGCCGACUGACAUUAUUGAUCCUCUGACUGAGGCACCAUUCGGUCAAAGUUUUUAAUUAUCCAAUGAAAUAUUUCAAUAUCUAUUGGCAAAACAUUUCUAGCACGAUCACCAUCGAGUCGCUAUUCUCUGGACUCACGACUCGAUUUGGACUCGAACUCCGGUAAUGGUAACUCGACUCUGACUCUUUCUUUGGUGACUCAGACUUGGACUGGAACACUGGGCACUCGAGACUUGACUCGGACUCAACGGUUGGUGACUCGACUAUGACACUGAUGCAUGCGUAUGCUAACGUGCUAAACUAAGAGGGGGAACAUGGACUCGACCCAUGAAAUAUUUCAACAUCUGUUGGCAAAACAUUUCUAGCACGAGCACCAGGUCAUGCUAUAUUUCAAUUUAAAUUUUAUUUAUAAUAUCAAAUCAUAAGAGUUAUCUCAAGACACUUUACAGAUGGAGUAGGUCUAGACCACACUCUAUAUCUAUGUCUACUCUAUAUCA